ACGUUGCUGCGCCAUCUGUGAGCACUGACAUUCACAAGCGCAGCAAUGGCAGGGAUGGAGAUUGCGCCUCUCAGACCGUGGGAUGAUUUCUUCCCAUCGGCAGACCGAUUCGCAAAACCAGACUUUGGAGAUCCGACCAAAUGGAACAACAGGAUGAUCAACAACUUGUUAUAUUUCCAGACGAAUUACCUGGUGGUGGUUAUCGUGGUUUUUCUCAUCGUGGGGUUCCUAAACCCCAUUGGCAUGUUUCUGGGCGGGGGAGUGGUGGCCCUGGUGUUCAUAGGCGCGGUAUGGGCCGGAGAGAACAAGUCGAUGAUCAAGAACUUCAAGAAGAAGAACCCCAUGCUCUUCGUCAUCCUCGUGAUGGGGGUCAGCUACUUUGUGCUGUCGCUGUGCGGAGGCGUCAUGGUGUUCAUAUUCGGCAUCACUUUCCCCCUCUUCCUGAUCCUGAUCCACGCUUCGCUGCGGCUGAGGAGCAUGAAGAACAAGCUGGAGAAUAAGAUCGAGGGCGUGGGGCUGAAGAAGACGCCCAUGGGCGUGAUCCUGGACAUGCUGGACCAGCAGGAGGACAGGGUCAACAAGAUCCAGGACUUCAUCGAGAGCAAGCUGAAGGACUGAGGGGUUGGCUGGCGGAGCUCGACAUGAAGA